UUGUUAGAUGGGGAUACGAAAGCUUACUACGAGGCCUCACUUCGGUAUCUUCAAGAGGCUAAAGAAAAGAUUCAUUCCCUUCGCACUGAAGUGCGCGAACUCCGGAAGGACUACAAAGACCACUUGGACACGGCCGAGUACUUAUUUGAUCAGGCUUUUCAGAAGAGUAAAGAGAACUAUACAAAGCUACUAAAUAGGACGGCGUCGCAAGUAGUAACCGCGAUGGACUACGAGGUCUCCAGUAAGCUCAACCAACUGAAUGCACUGCGUCAUCAAACAAAAGCUAAAACACAGAAAGCCGAGGAUAUUGAAGCUGAAGUGAUGACACUCCGAAGGCGAAUAGAUGAUGCGAAAAUCUGCUCUGAUCACGAAUACAGGUUGAUACAAAAUAUUCGUAAUCUGGAGAACAAACUCGAGAAAGCGGCAAUGAAAUCGAGUGAAACAGUGCACAUUGGGCGCACUUACGAAGCCAUUCGACACAAACUCAUUGAGGAGAAAUCUACCUACACCACAACGGUGGAAACCCUUGAGACUGAGAUUAGGCGUUGCAGUGCCAAGCUGGUUGAGGUCAAAUUAGUCAGUGAGGAUGCUGUCACGUUGAGGGAUCAGGCGAGGGCAGAACUAAAACGACACGAAGAGAUUAUUUACUCUCAGAAGAAGAGGAGAGAACUAGAGGUUGUAAACAUGCGACGAACUCUUGAUGCCUGUAAGGGUGAACCCAUGCCAACGAGGACACUGGUUGUAAGUUCGGCUGUUUACAUUAUUGAUUGCUUUUACCCCCAUCAUCAUGGGCGGAAAAAUUACUCGUAG